GUUAACCCCCUCCAAAACCCAAUACAUAGAAAACGAAGAAGACGCAGCAGCAUACAGCUCUUGAAGGGUUCUGAAAACCCCAACAAAAAAAAAAAAAAGAAAAGAUCUUGAAGGGUUGAAGCUCAUUUUAAAUUUUAUUAUCAUUUUGUAAGAUAAUAUGUGUUGGGCCGCAUAGUUCUCUUGUAUUAUCUUCAAUUUAUUCGUUUCAUCUUCUAUUCGCCGACGCAUUGAACAUGAUGGAGCAACUGAUUCUGGCAUAUGAUUUGCUCUGAAUUGUGAUUGUAAUUGAAUUUAUAUGGGAGCAACUAAAAAAGAGCACCAAGAGUGAGGUUUGAUGUUGCGAGGAAACUAUCUUACUCCCUCAGUUACUAAAGCUUACCCUUUCUUAUCAAUGCUCUCCAAAAUCCCAUUGUUGUUGAUGUAUCAGAAUAAUUUAUACACUUACCGUCCACUUGUCCAUUACCAUACUUCUAAUUAUAGCAAACCCAUUAUUGAUACUUGGCACAAUUCUAUGGACACAAGAAGACAUUUGUGCACCCUUGCUGUCUGCAGAACAUCACACAUUCCUGAAUCCUCAAGGCCAACUACCAUGAAAGCCUCAGAUAAAUCAAAGAGGAAAGCACGCCGAGAUUCACCUGAGGGUGUGCUUAGACACAAGCUAGAUAUGUGUUCCAGGCAUGGUGAUGUUGUUGAAGCACUUUCCUUAUAUGAUGAGGCACGGAGUAAGAACGUCAUGCUUAGCCAACACCACUAUAAUGCAUUGCUUUAUUUGUGUUCCUCUGGCUCCAAUGUUGAAUCCAAUGGAGAUCGGAAUAAUGUGAAUGCCUCUAAUUUGGGCCUCGAAAGGGGCUUUGAGAUUUUUCAACAAAUGGUUAAUGAUAAAGUUGCUCCAAAUGAGGCUACAUUUACGAAUGUGGCAAGGCUGGCAGUUGCGAAAGAAGACCCAGAUAUGGCUUUUGAUUUAGUGAAACAAAUGAAAAGUUUUGGUAUUCCACCAAAGUUGAGGUCAUAUGGACCGGCGCUAUUUGGUUUUUGUCAGGUGGGAAAUGCACCUAAAGCUUAUGAAGUUUAUGCUCAUAUGGCUGAAUCUGGGGUAAUGGCUGAAGAGCCUGAGCUUUCUGCUCUUUUAAAACUCAGUGCUGAUGUAAAUAAGGUAGACAAGGUGUAUGAGAUGUUGCAUCAGUUGCGAGCUUCAGUGAGGCAAGUCAUGGAAUCAACUUUUGGGAUUAUUCAAGAUUGGUUCAACUCCGAGAAGGCUGCAAAGGUUGGAUUGGUGAAUUGGGAUGUCAGCAAAGUUAGGGACGGAAUUGUUAGGGGUGGAGGUGGGUGGCAUGGACAAGGAUGGCUAGGAAGUGGUAAGUGGAGGGUAGAGAGGACACAGAUGGAUGAGAAUGGUGUAUGCUGUUCGUGCAGUGAGAAGCUCAUUUGCAUUGACAUUGAUCCAAGAGAAACUGAAAACUUUACCAGCUCGUUAUCGAACUUAGCUUGCCAACGAGAGGUUAAGGGUGAUUUUAAUAAGUUCCAGGAGUGGCUGGAUCAGCAUGGUCCAUUUGAUGCAGUUAUAGAUGGUGCCAAUGUUAGUCUUGUUAAUCAGCGUGAUUUCAACUUUUACCAGCUUAAUAAUGUUGUAAAAAAAUUACAAUCUGAGAGUCCAUCAAAGAGAUUGCCACUUGUUAUUUUGCAUAAAAAUCGUGUUACUGGUGGUCCUGCUCGGAAUCCUAAUAACAUGAAGUUGUUAGAGUUUUGGAAAAACUCUGGUGCUCUUUAUGCUACUCCACCUGGUUCUAAUGAUGAUUGGUACUGGUUAUAUGCUGCUGUUAGUAGUAAGUGUUUGUUGGUGACAAAUGAUGAGAUGAGGGACCACUUGUUCCAGUUACUGGGGACUUCAUUUUUCCCAAGAUGGAAAGAAAAGCAUCAGGUUCGGCUGUCUUUCUCAAGAGAAGGGCUUAAGUUGCACAUGCCACCUCCCUAUUCAAUUGUCAUUCAGGAAUCGGAAAGUGGUAGUUGGCAUGUCCCCGCGAUCACAGAUGAUGAUGGUGAGGCUCCGAGGCAGUGGUUGUGUGCUACCAGAAACAGAGAUUAAUCAUUUGCAUUCUGUGUAAACUGGUAUUUAUUCUUGCAUCCAUAUAAAGAGGUUGGUUUUGAGUAAGAGAGAGAGCUGUGGCAAGAUUCAAUUGCAAGUUUUGAAGAAUUAUUUAAACUAAAUAUUCAAACUACAAAUCUUGAGAAGUAAUUGAAGAAUUUGUCAUGAAAUUUGGAAGGCCAAUUUAUAUCAACUCAAGGUAUUUAUGUAUUCUCGUCAUUUUUAUCCUUAAACCCUCUUUGUUUGGGCUAAAAAAUUAGUGCUUCGUUUUUCAAUUUGUAUGUUUAGAUUGUACUUAUACUUUUUUAUGUUUAGAUUGAACUUGUACUUUUAUAAAACUUAACAAAU